AUGUUAUUUGACGAACUACAGACUAACAGAUUUGACGAAGAUGACACUGAUUUUGAAGAGGAUUCAACACGUCCCGAGAGAUUUACUCAGGAAGAGCUAAGCGAUGUUAUCAAAAAUUUGAACCUUCCAAAGGAUUCUACUGAGUUUCUUGACUCCAGACUAAAGGAAAAAAAUCUUCUUUACCCAGACACCAAAAAUUACAUACUACCGUAA